AUGUUUGCCUUAGCUGCUAUCAAGGGUGUUGGUCGUCGUUAUUCUAAUUUGGUUUGUAAAAAAGCUGAUGUUGAUCUAAAUAAAAGAGCUGGUGAGUCAACCAAUGAAGAAUUAGAACGUAUUGUGACCAUUAUUCAAAAUCCUACACAAUACAAAAUUCCUGAUUGGUUUCUCAACAGACAAAAAGAUAUAUUUGAUGGAAAAAAUCACAAUUGUUGCUAA